GAAACCCGGUGCCAUCAUUGUCAAAUCUCUGCCCUCUGAAACACAGAAGAAAGAGUGGAGGAACGCAAAAGUAACGGAGAUUCGAGAUCGAUAUGGCGUCCACAUGUGCAACUAUAUGCGAAAUUCUAAUCGCAAUCCUCCUCCCUCCCCUCGGCGUUUGCCUCCGCUACGGAUGCUGCACCGUGGAGUUCUUCAUCUGCUUAGUUCUGACCAUUUUAGGGUAUAUUCCUGGGAUUAUUUACGCUAUCUACGCUAUUGUCUGCCUCAAUCCUGAUCACAUCCGUGGGGAUUAUUACGAGCUCGCCUAGAACUGUUAAUCAGGCAAGUAUUUCCCGGACAAGAAUGUCCGGAAAAGUGUCAAAGCUCUUUCUGGUUGGAACAGGGGAACCUCAUGCCCCGCUCCCCUAACUGUCGCAAAAGUUAGGCCUUUGUAGACUUCAGUCCAUCCGGCAACCUAUAUGAAACUCGAUUGAUGUAUAUAUAUAUAUGUAUGUAUGUAUAUUGUCGAGUAUGAGCGUUUCACACAAAAUUAGGGGAUCAGUAUGGUCUAAUAUCUGUACCUGGCCUUGGGAGUACCAUGGAUACCAUUCUCUUUCGACUUUAAGAUUGAGAUGGCGUAGGGAAAAUCGAGUUGCCGUCACUGGAACAACCGAGUCUGUAUCUCCGCUACAUUUACGGACAUAGUUUAAGUUUUUUUAUAACUAUAGUGUACAAGAAGUAUCUUUUUUAUACCCUAUCAUAAGAAAAAGGUUUUGAUUUCUCUUUUUUA